AUGACACACCUCAACUCCCAAAGGGGAAUGCAAACACAGGUUUCAAAUCAUCCUGUCACUGACAAUCCCUCUGUUCAAACAGGUCAUCAUGAGUUGGAGGGUUAUGAGUAUUCCAGUGACAUGGAUACAGAUCUGGAUCAAGAAAAUGUGUUUCACGCACAAUCCUCUCCAUUUAAUUUGGAAGCUUCCAAUUACUCAAAUUCAGAAUCUUCUGGUAUAAUGUCUGAUUUGUCAAACUCAAAUUCAACUGUGGGAGCAGCAUCAUUAGAUGAUGAUUCUGAGAUGGAUGAACUUGAUGAGAACUUCUUACAAAUACAGGCAGAAGUUGUAAACAUGACAAAGCAUGUGGACCCAUGGUUUCCUGUGGGAAGGGAUGAGAAUGUAGCAGGACUGAUUGCUUUGGGCAGCACACAUACCCAGACUUCCAGAAAAUCAUAUGAUGGCUUCAAGCUAGCAUCAAGAGUGAUGCAAACCAAUCUUCCAUUCUGGAAUACAAUGUCUUCCCUGCGAAAGGUGCUUAGGUCAAUGCUUGGCAUAAGUGUUAAAGAGUUUGAAUCACCCCUGGGUAAAACCUGCCACACCUUAGUUAUUGAAGAGCAGCUGAGAUUGAACUUGGCCAACCCAAUUGUGGCCAAACAUCUCCAGUGUUAUCCUGAGGUCCGCUCUGACAGGCUUGUAAAGGACUUUAAACAUUGUGGGAAAUGGCUUCAUGGUCUUACAAGGGAAUUUAGGGCCCCAAUGGCAAAAACACCAGCUGGAGUUUUUUAUAUCUAUGAGCCAGCACGGCUUAAGGAUGGAAGUCUGGUAGUACCAUCACAUUUCUACCAAUUGGAUGGUGUGCUUCAUGCAAAAAUUUUGAAGGCAGAAAUUAACAUAUUGGGUGACUCUACAUAUCAAGUUUUGAUCCCAGAAGAGCCUGAUUUUGGAAUUCAAGAUUCAAUCAAUUGUGAUGAACUAUUGCUGCCUUUCCCAAAGGAUGUCUUUCGAAGCAAUUACCAAGAGGUCCCUUAUUGUCAACCAGUUCCUCCAAGAAUUGUCUCCACACGUGCAUCUUUCAAAAUCUGUGAUGAUAGAUUACCUUGGACACCUUCCAGAAGUGCCAAAUUACCAAAUCAACAAACUGCAAAAGAAGGGUCUUUUAUAUUACUCAAGGUCUCUAUUCCUCAAUCUCCUGAUACAUAUGAUAAACAAGUAGGCUUGGUGAAGGGUAUUUGGAGGACUCCAGACUCAAGAUUAGAUGAAAGUUGUGUGCCUAUCCAUGGAGAGUUAGGCCUGAUACAGAUCAUCCCAUAUACACCUUCAGAAAGGAUAGAUGCCAUCACUAUGGGCAUACACCAGUGGGCAGAUAAAAAAAAGCAGACCAAGUUGGCCAAAGAAGCCAAGGCAGCCAUAGAAAAACAACAAGGGACCAAGGCAAACCACAAGGGCAAAGGGAGGGCAAGGAAAUAA